AAUCGGCCCUUCAUGUUAGUGUUACACGGUAUAGCGGCGCUUGCGGUGGUGACGUCACUGAAGUUGAGCCUCUCUGACCGAAAUCCUAGCCGGUCUUUGGAGCUCUUAUUUAAAAUAAGCGCCGCCAGCCACCCACUUACAGAGAUUUUGGCUGUUGGUAAACGGGUCCCCACAUGCUAAGCCUGGCGUGCUUUGUAGUCCCUUAGCCACUAGUUCCCGUAUCAUAGAAAUGAGUUGUAGGGAGCUAGAACGGCGCCGAGAAUUCACACUUCACUUCCGAUGUUAACCACUAUAGAGUUGCGGAUGCGGGUGAUGGUAGAGCGUCGCGUGGUCAGUUUGGUGGUGGGAGUUAAGCGUACGUUCAGUCUGUAUUCGAGGCUGUUAUUGUUUCAGAGGGGGAGGUCAAGGAAGGGAGAGGGAGUUCCUCAGAGGGGGCUCGGAGGACUGACUGGCACUUGGGGCCAGGUGAGAAGGAAGGGAGGGAGGAGAAAAGCAGCUGCAGGGAAGUGAAGGUGAAAAGGUUUGCUGGCAAACGGGAAGGAGGGAGCGGCUCCCUCCCUCCCUUUGAGUGUCUUUGGGCAGGCUGAGGUCCUGUGAGGGGAAGAGAGGAGGAGGAGUGGGAUCUUGGGACACCGACAGUAGCGCAGACAGAUGCUGCCUGUUAGGGGAAGAGGGUGCGCCCUUCAGGUGGGGACUUCUAGGAAGUGAGGUGUACGGGGUUGCCAGGGAGGGUGUGGGGUGGUAGUGGGAGGAGCUUGGGAUCUCAUGGCGGCGGCGGCGGCGGCGGCGGCAGUACCUGCGAGUAGUGGCUACGGGGGCCCCCUGAACCCUGUGGCAACCUUGCACGCGGAGGCCGUCUGUGCUAUCUGCCUAGACUACUUCAUUGACCCGGUGUCCAUCGGAUGUGGCCACAAUUUCUGCCGUGUCUGCAUCACUCAGUUGUGGGGUUCAGGUGAGGGUCAAGGUGAGGAAGGAGAUGAUGUAGAAGCAUCUGGCUCAGAUGGAGGAUAUGGGCCUGGUUCUGAUGGAGGCAUUGAUGAUGGAGGGAUAGAUGACCUGGGACCUGAGGAAGAUGCUGAUGACGAUGAAGAUGAUAUAGAGGAUGAUGAGUACUUGGAUGAUAGGGAUAUGGAAGAGGAGGAGGAAGAGGAUGUAUCCAGGGAUGAAUAUGAUGAUGAAGAUGAGGAUGUGUGGGAUGAAGAAGAUGAUAGAUACUGGGACCAAGACCCUGGGUCAGUUGAUAUGUGGAAUGAUGCUAUGUGGAGUGAUUUAUUUGAUAAUUAUGAGGAGGAGGAGGACGUUAUGGAUGAGGAAGAGGAGCCAGAGGAAGAGGAAGAGUAUACUGUGCCAGCAACUCCCCCAACUCCCCCACGCCAGCCUUUCACUUGCCCCCAGUGCCGCAAAACGUUUCCCCACCGCAACUUCCGCCCCAAUCUUCAGCUGGCCAAUAUGGUGCAGAUCAUCCGCCAGAUGCAUCCACAACCGUUCAAGCCUGUGACAGCAUCCGCUGAGACAGUGGAGUUGGCAGCAGUAGCAGGGGAUUCUUCUGGAGCACCAUCUGUUUUAGCAGUAGGACAAGCACUGAGUGUUGAGCGAACCCUGUGUGAGAAACACCAAGAGCCCCUCAAGCUUUUCUGUGAAUCAGAUGAGGAGCCCAUCUGUGUGGUGUGUAGAGAAUCACAGGCCCAUAAACACCACACCGUCAUGCCACUGGAAGAAGUUGUGCAAGAAUAUAAGGCCAAACUUCAAGGACAUUUGGAUCCACUGAAGAAGAAACUGGAGACUGUUCUGAAGCAGAAGUUCAGUGAAGAAGAGAAAAUAACAGAUCUUAAGAACAAGAUGAAUCUUGAUAUGAAAGAGUUUGAGACAGACUUUGAGCGGCUGCACCAGUUUCUGAUUGGGGAGCAAGCAAUGCUGUUGCAUCAGCUGGAGGACCGGUAUGAGGUGUUGCUUGCCAGCCAGAGUAGCAACAUCACCCACCUUGAGGAGCAAGGUGCGGCACUCAGCCGUCUCAUUGCAGAAGCUGAAGACAAGAGCAAGCAGGAUGGCUUGCAGAUGCUCAAGGACUUCAAAGGCACUUUAGUCAGGUGUGAGAAUAUUAAGUUCCAGGAUCCAGAUAAUUUGCCAGUCGACACAGGAAAGAAAUAUCGGAACUACUUCCUUAUAGACGUCUUGAUGAGGAAGAUGGAGAAGGUCUUCUGCAAAGUCCCUCAAGCUGAUUUGACUCUGGAUCCAGAGACAGCCCAUCCACGGCUCACCAUUUCAUCGGACUGCCGCAGCGUCCGACUUGGAGAGCGCUGGCAGGACCUGCCUGAUAACCCCAAACGCUUUGACUCUGACUACUGUGUGUUGGCCUUGCAGGGUUUCACCUACGGCCGCCACUACUGGGAAGUGGAGGUGGGUGGCCGGCGGGGGUGGGCUGUGGGGGCAGCCCGCGAAUCAGCCCGACGCAAAGAGAAGUCCAGUGCGGGUUCCCACCAGAAGCGGGAGAUCUGGUGCGUGGGGACCAAUGGCAAGAAGUACCAGGCACUGACGACCACUGAGCAGACGUCCCUUUCUCCAGCUGAGAAGCUCCGGCGCUUCUGUGUAUACCUGGACUAUGAAAGGGGCCAGCUGGGCUUCUAUAAUGCUGAAAGCAUGGCUCAUAUCCACACCUUCAAUGCCUCAUUCCGUGAGCGCGUUUUCCCCUUCUUCCGCAUUCUUUCUAAGAGGACCAGCAUCAAAAUCUGCAAUUGAAAGGAUUGCUGCUGUUGCAGUUGCACGUAGCUGGAGUUCCUCCCCUCCCUCUGAGGUUUCACCUCACAAUAAAUCCUCCUGCCACAGUGGAUAGUCCCAGACAGAUUCCUGAUCUGUAUCUCUCUUGGACCUUAGAGGAUUCUUUAUCUUGCUCUCUUUGUGGAUUCAGUCUGACAGGGAUUUCCCCUCCCCCUUCUACUAUAUAUCAGUUAUUGCACAGAUACCUUUCUUUGGUGCUCGACUAAAUCAUUUUCCUUUCUCUUGUGGCUCUCACAUCCACAUCUCUCUCUGUCUCUCUCUCUCUCCACCUUUGGGGUUCUGUUGUGAGCUGUCUACACCACUGGCUAGCUCUUUCCUUUGAUCUUUCUCAGAAGGGACAUAAGUUGAGGCUUAUUCAGCAUGCGAUUCUCUGAUUGUAUGCUUGGCGGAAUUUGCCAUGGCACAGUGGUUUGGACUGAGUGGUCCAAGGCUAGUCUUUGACAUUCCAAAGCCACUUGAGCCAUCUUAAGCCAGGCACUCAAGUCUUAUGGAUUGUCUUAACUACCCCCUCCCGGUUUUUAGCACCCAGACAAGACAACUAGUCCCAACAUGUUCACAGAGCUGGAUCCAGUCCAUGCUGUGAAACAGUUUUUUUUUUAUGCCUUCUUGUCCCAAGACAUUAAUGACCUUCUGAAACGAUGAUGGUAUCUACAUCUAAAUACAACCCUACAGAAAUGUCAUAUCUGGUUUCGAAGUCCAAUUGGGUUCAUUCUUCAACCGCCCCAGUGUCUUGUCUCCUGAUGGUCUCCUAUUCUGCUUUUCUCUUACUGUUCACUAACAUCAGAUUUUUUUAAACAAACAAACAUAGGACUUCCAGUUUUGUCCCCCUGCUUAGGUGUGGUUUUGAUGUCAUGCCCCCGUUGUUUUUACCCCUUUCCUUGAUGUCAUUCCCACCUCUUCUCCCUGGAGGGGAGGUAUUCAUCCAUUCUACUAGAGAGAGAAAGAUACACACAUACAUACAUACACACAGACCAUUUGGGGGAGAAACGACAGAUCCAAAUUCUGUUGCCCCCUGUGGUGUCAUUGGAGUGCUGUGGCCAUUGGGAUGAAUGUAACCCCACCAGAAGCUUUGGUGAUGGAACUUUAUUGCGACUGCCUCUCCCACUUCUCUUCCCCUUCUUCCCCCCCCCCCCAUUUAGAUAAUUUAUUUUUAAUUGCUUCCCUCAUCACUCCACAUACUUGCAGUGUGGAAUUCCUUUUUUCCCAUGUUGCAAAUCACUGGAGGCUUUAGCUGUGCCAGCUCUUAUGUGUGUGUACUUGUUUAAUUCCUUUUGCCAUGACAGAGCUCCUUUUGAACUAUUUUUUGCUAUUAAAAAAACAGACUUAAAAUGGAGAUCUAGUUUUUUGGAAAAAGUUGAGAAAAUAAAUAAAACGAUUCUACAACUGA